AUGCUGGACAGCGAUAGUCAAGGACCAGGGAGGUGGAGACAGACAGAGUUGCACAUAGAGACUGAGCCUGCAGUCACUCUCCUUCAGGACUGGCAACAAGAAAACCACUUUAAAGGCAGGCGGAGAAGGGCAAGGCACACACUCAAACUGCACUGUGGGAAAAAUACUGUGUGUGCCACUGGCAAAGAAGAAAACAACACACCUGAAGACAUCAACAAGGAAGCUGAAGGAUUUUUUUUUCCUUUUGCAUCAACCCCACUGGCAUCAGUGUGUAUAAAACAUUUUUCACAGCCGACUCCUAAUCCUGGGCAGUGUGUGGGCAGCUCUCUUCUGGAUCACUCGCUACAUGUCUCAGAAGACACUCAACAGGCUUCUCCCUCGUGUCUCGUCUCCUCUUCAUCUGCUGGUUUGUUUUUUCUGACUCUUAGCCUGUGUUUGAGUGUGAGGAACCAGCAGAAACUUUCACAGGAUGGACGCCAGAGACGAGACGCUGGGCCUCCUGAACCAGAUAUGGGCCAAGCUGAAAGAUCUGCCCAACGCCCACCCUUUACAGCUGGGAGCCUUCUUCAUCCUCCUAGCCUUCAUCUUGAUGGUCCUGCUGGUAACGGUGCUGACCUGUGUGAGCUGCUGCUGCUGCUGCUGCUGUCGUAGGACCAAGCUGAAAGAGUCCAACAUUUAAGUGAAAUCUCUCCAUGCAGAUGGAACCCCAUUAUCUUUGAACACUGAACUUUCAAAUAUGGCAUCUGGGCACAGAAGACUGUAAAUCAGGUCUUCACUGCAGCUCCGUGGAGCACAAGUCCUUCAGUAAACUCAUUCUCAGGAAUCUUGCUUAUGCAACAUGCCUAUAUGAUCCACGGCGAUGAUGCACCAAAGAGGCCCAACCCUUGAUCAGCAGGGUUCACAAUGGUGAAGGUUUUCCUUAGAAGCUCCUGGACACGCCUGCUAGAGCUGCCAGGCUUUCAGGAGAAUCCACAUUCCUCGGAGCAUCCCUCUCUCUUCAGGGCAACAACAGCUCCUCUGACCUGAGGAGACGGCAGAACCAGCUCCAGCUCUCUUACAUGCAUACAUAUACAGGAUCAAACAUGCUUACAGUGAAUUAUAUACAGUGAGCUGAACAGUAUUAUGUAAAGGGAGAAGUCAAAAUCAUUUGUAGAUGUUUUUUGUAAACAUGGCUUCAUGUCUCUAUGAUGGAGUCAGAAUCAACACUUUUUAAAGAUUUUUUUAUAGGUAGACUGAUUAAAAACACAAGUAAGGUUGUUGUUUUUUAAGACUCAGUUGUUUUCAAACCUAAUUAGUUGACAAAGUACAGUAGAGGGAUGGAUGAAGUCUGCCCUCUGCUGGAAAGAAACCUAAAGGACCGCAAUGAUCUCAGUGAAAAAUCAAGUACAAGCUACAAUGUAAACUGUGUUUAUUAGAUUCAACUUUGUUGUUUAUACACAUAUAAGUACAAGGACAUAAAAUGGAUGGAUGAUGUCAGUUAUAUGGCUAUUUCUGUGCAGGAGGAUAUUUAUAGUCGAUAUAAACAUUGUGAGGCUGGUAGCUAUGGAUAUAAUUUACAGAUGGAUAUAUAUACAGUUGAUAUGUGCAGUUUAAAGCCAGAUAUUUACAGUUAUAUAGUGUUUAAGUAACAGUGGAUUAGAAACUACAAAUAUUAGAUUAUUGGUAUCUACAGUCGGUUAUAUAAAAAAGAUACAAUGAUUGCAUACUGUGGAUUAUAUAAAGGUAGUAGUGUGAUGGAUCAUAUCUGAAACAGUUAAAAAUGGUCCAACAGAUUUGUGAUGAUGUGAUGCUUCCAAUAUACACUACUACUUCCACUGGCGUGUAUGCAAUUCACAAAAAAAAACUUUAAUAACGUGUGUAUUAUCCUUCUCUUCACUAUAACUCUAAAGUCUGUGGCAGUUUUGUCCGUCUCCUUUCCAGAGCCACAUUUUUCUUGCACAAAAGUUUGAGUGAUCUACACAAACAUUUUAAAUCUUUUUCUUUAAAAAACAAGCGCAACAAAAGACAGCAUGAUACUCAGCCUAUCGUAAAAUAAAGUAAAAUACAAAUCAGUUUGAUUGACUAGAAGGGCC